AUACAUUGAUAUUCUUUUGUAAUUGUUGAAGGUGAUGUGGACAUCUGGAGCACACAGCAUGGAGGUGACCCCAUUCACCAUUACCACCAAGAUGGCAUCCAGUGUGUGUCCAUAGCAACCGAUGAUGCCCAAGUUGCGAGUGCCUCUGGGAAAGAAUUGAGAAUAGAAGCAGCAGACAACUCAGGAAAUUGGUUCAUGCAAGACUGCAUUACGCUGGAUAAAUACAUUGAUAAUGUGAAAAUAUUUCAAGUUCCUAAUAAGAAGCAAAAAGGCAGUUAUGUUUCCGUGUCAACUGCAAGUGGUCUGUACAUUUAUAAGCCUGCUCCUGGGCCCAGGUAUUUGAGCUUAGUUCAUGCAUUUGUAGGGUCAACACCAACUUGUAUGGAGGUCAUAUCUGAUCACAUUGCUUGUGGCUUUGGUGCUGCAGGUUUUCAAGAAAGUUUCACAGUGAAAUUAUUUGACAUUGAGACCAAAAAUGUGAAGCAUGUGUUCCGAGGUCAUAGUUGGGAUGUCACAUGUCUCCAUAGUGACGAUGCCUUGCAGAGUAUGCUUGUUACAGGUUGUAAAGAUAAACGAGUUAGGUUGUUUGAUUUUAGACUAAAGAGUAAUCAACCUGUAGUGCAGCUAUCUGGGCAUGGGGGCGCUAUUACUCAAGUACAGGUCGAUGAGUGGAAAGUUUUGAGUGGCGGCAUGGAAGGCAUGGUUUGUCUGUGGGAUCAAAGAAUGCAGAGAAAACUUUGGGAUUCAUAUGCCAGACAUCCUGUAAGAUACCUUUGUUUCAAAGGUGGUG